AACGCCAAGCAAUUACCGAGUCCUGGAGGGAUGUUUCCACUGAGUUGGUUGAAACUGAGUUCAAGCACAGCAAAAGAUGGUGCGCUAACACAGGGCGUAGUGGGUAUCUGCCCAGUGAAACUGUUGGUGCUAGCAUUAAGCACGACCAGGCUCUUCAUCACCUCCCAUGUUGUGGAUGGAAACCUUCCUGUAAAAAAGUUACUUGAGAUGUUCAGUACCUGCAGAGGCCGUGCAGGGGUUGAAGAUGGCAACUCACUCAGGCCUCCUGUCAGGCAGUUGAAGCUGACAUCAAGAACAAGGAUGCUGCUGGAUGACACUAAUUCCAGUGGCAACCCACCAGACAGCGAGUUCUGGGACAGGUUGAGGCGCAAAAGGCCAGUGAGGUUGCCAAGGAACGGCGAGAUGGACCCCUUAAGGCCUCGAGAUGCCAGCGAAACAUCAGUGACUAUCCUAUCUUGGUUGCAGGUGAUCCCUUCCCACGUGCAACAGUCCGUGUCGAUUCGCCACGAUGCUGUGAGGCCACCAUCGCUCGAGAGCCCAGUGAGGAGCUGGAGUAGGGAGCUCUUCUCCUGGUCUGUGCAGGAACUGGUGGGAGAAUCCAAGCAAACCAGUAGCACAAGAGCCAAACCGAAGAAAGGAACGGGAAAACCGUUCCUGUGUGAGUGACUGAGUGGCUGCAUGGUUUCCUCGAGAAUCUAGCUUGGAAACCACAGGCUUAAGCUUUUGUCUGCCAGGAUGAAGUGCCAAACUAUCUGAUGAAGAAAGAGCAAGACAGGAAAGGAACAACCUGCUCUGUUCUUUAGUUUGUUUGAUCCGGUGUGGUUGUAGUGAGCAGUGAUGAAAAUAAAAUUUGGGUCAACACCUCAACGGUUAGCUGAUGUUGCAUAUCUAAUGUGGUUUAUUUGUAAGUUUGACUUCCGAGGACGUUGAUGUGCUAAUACUUAAUCUGACCAUUUCUCCUACCAGUCUUACUAUGCCCUGAGGUACUGACAUUUGGUGGCAGAAGAGAAAAUUCACCUUGUGAUGAUCCCUUUUUUUUGGUGGCAGAUUCGUGAGAUGUGAUCUGUGAUGGACGAUUCGCGUACAUGAUUUGGAGAAGAGCACAUGAGAUGGGUUUUGCAGCUUGUAGAAGCGGGGGCUGAAGGCUGGUAUUCCAUCCUCUCUGAUUCUGUGCAGCCGCACCUCUCCGGCAUUCUUCCGCAAGAUCUGAAGCCCCAACGCCUUGUCUUGCAGCAUCUCAACCCACUCACCAGCAGUGCGACGAUGGCCACCGCUAUCAGUGCGGCUGUUUGGGCACUGCGCAAGGCGCUGGCUCCCAUUACGGAUGACUUGCCCAAGGAUUGGGCGGCCAGUGACAGUCUCGGCCCCAACAUCAACGCCCUCAAGAUGGAGCUGCUGCGCGUGCAGGGGAUCCUCUACAACGCGCACGACAGGGAAAUCACCAACCCUGCACUCCAGGACCUGCUGCACAUGUUGCGGCAGCUGGCGGACGGGGCCGAAGACGUGCUUGACGAACUGGACUACUUCCGCAUCCAGGACAAGCUCGACAGCACAUACCAUGCAGCCGAUAAGCAUGCCAAGGGCUGCACCCAUGGCCUUGCUCUCAAUGCGCGGCACACGGCCAGAGCCGUUGCCAACAAAUUCAAGUUCUCCUCGGGCGGCAACAAGCAGACACCAAAAUUGAAGUUUGAUCGUGUGGAUAUGUCUAAAAGGAUGGCAGACAUUGUACAGCAGCUGGAUCCUAUAUGUGCUAAGGUGAAAGAAAUCCUUGAUCUAGAGCUCCGCAACCAGAAACCUGCCCAAGGUAACAACAGACCAAAAACCACGUCAGCAAUAAUAGAGCCAGAGUUAUUUGGGAGGAAUGUUCAGAAAAAGAACAUUGUGGAUGACAUUACCCAUGGAAAAUAUUACGCCAAUGGACUUACCGUGCUUCAAAUUGUUGGCCCAGGGGGUAUUGGGAAGAUGACUUUCACACAACACGUAUAUCAAGAGGUGAAUAUCUUGUUUGAUAUUAUGAUUUGGAUCUGUGUUUCUCUUAAUUUUGAUGCAAAUAGAUUGACACAAAAGAUUGUGAAAAAGAUCCCUAAAGUUAAUGCUGAAAACGAGAAUGCUAUUGAAGGAGAGCUCAUCGAACAAAGAUUAAAACAUAAGAGAUUCUUGCUAGUUUUGGAUGAGUGGAAAAAACUGUUAGCUCCGUUCAGAAAAGGAGAGGCAAGAGGUAACAUGGUUAUUGUCACAACUCGAAUCCCAGAGGCAGUAACAAUGGUAAAAACAGUGGAUUAUUCAAUAGAACUCAAUCGCUUAGGAACUGAAGAUUUUAUGCAUUUGUUUGAAGCAUGUGUAUUUGGUCACGAACAGCCAUGGAAAGACUAUCCUGAAUUACUUGGUGUUGGAAAAUCAAUAGUGGGGCAUCUGAAGGGUUUCCCUCUUGCAGCAAAAACUGUAGGUAGAUUACUUAGAAACCAGCUUUCAUUGGACAAUUGGACAAGAGUUCUGGAAAGCAAAGAAUGGGAGUUACAAACCAGUGACUAUGACAUUAUGCCAGCUCUAAAGCUUAGUUAUGAUUAUCUCCCUUUCCAUCUACAACAAUGUUUUUCCUAUGGUGCUUUGUUUCCUGAAGAUUAUGAGUUUGGUGGCACAGAGUUGGUUCAAUUAUGGAUAGGGCUGGAUAUUUUAGAUUCAUGUGAUGAGAGGAAAAGACUUGAAGAUGUUGGGUUGUGCUAUUUAAAUGACUUGGUUAAUCGUGGAUUUUUUAAGAAGAAUGAAAAAGAAGAUGGCAGCUCUUGUUAUGUUAUGCAUGACCUACUGCAUGAGUUGGCAGUGAAGGUCUCCUCAUCAGAGUGUCUUAGCAUAUCUAGUUCUAAUGUGAGAUAUAUACAAUCUCCCCCAUCUGUACGUCACCUGUCUAUCAUUAUAGGUGACAGAGAUGUCAAUGAUAGAAUGACCUUUGAAGAUUUCAAGAGGGACUUGAGUACACUGGAUGAAAAACUGAAAAUUGAAAACCUGAAAACUUUGAUGUUAUUUGGAGAAUACCAAGGAUGCUUUGCCCAGACUUUGGGUGUUUUGUUUGCAGAAGCAAAAUCCCUCCGUGUUAUUCUUUUGUCUGGUGCAUCUUAUAGGUAUGUUGUGGAGGAUGUGUUUCGCAGUCUUCCAAGACUUAUUCAUCUUCGUUACCUAAGGAUAACGCCUUUUGCAAGACUAAACAGCAACAUCUCAAGAUUUUAUCACCUGAGGGUUCUAGAUGUUGAACAAUACAGUGUCCAACUAGAUUUUCCAAGAGAUAUGAGCAACCUUACAAAACUGCGCCAUUUUCUUGUCCGAGACAUUGACCUGCAGUAUAUAAAUUCUGACGUUGGAAAACUGGAAUUAUUACAAGACUUAAGAAGCUUUAUGAUCGGCCAGUUGGCAGACUUUGGUGACUCACUGAGAAUUCAUAACAUUGAGAAUAUUGAACGACAAGAAGUGAAUGAAGCAAAAUGGAUGCGCAAUAUCCACUUACAGAAGCUAAUGUUAGAAUGGGGUAUUGAUCGGCCGAAUAAGGAUCCUGCACAAGAAGAUCAUGUUCUUGAAAGUCUUAAGCCACAUAGCAGUCUUUUGGAUCUACACAUUGGAGGGCAUGGAGGUGCUACUUGCCCUUCAUGGUUAGGUGAGAACCUCUCAGUUAAUAAAUUGGAAUUUCUUUGUCUGGUUGAUGUAGCUUGGAUCAAAUUUCCACCUCUAGGGCAGUUGUGGUUUGUUAAUGAGCUUGGUGAAGAGCAUCUGAGUGGCAUCCCAAGUCAGAGCUUUCAAAAUUUGAAAAUGCUAAAAUUGGUUGAGAUACCAAGGUUGAGAAAAUGGGUUGAAAAUAGCACUUGUCAUUUGUUCUCUCAGCUAGAAGUUCUCAUCGUUAAAGGUUGCUCUGAACUCUUGGAGCUGCCAUUUCCAGGCUGUCAAUCUGAGCAAGAUGCAAACAUGACUUGGUUUCCUAGAUUACGGAGGCUUGUGAUUGAAGACUGCCCAAAGCUGUUGGCAUUGCCUCAUGUUCCUUGGACUCGCAGUCCAUGCUCUGCUAGGAUAGCUCGGGCAGGGUCACGUUUUGAGGAGCUAAUUUACUAUGAGAAUUAUAGAUCGGAGUUGAGCUUGAGAGUUGAAGGGAAGGAGGGUGGUCUAACUGAUAGCAAGUUUUGGAAUGUGUUGGCAUUGCAUAAUUAACCAAUCUUGAAGUGCUGGAGAUGAAGAAGUCCUCCUCUCCCAUUGGAUCACCUCCAAAUGCUAACAUCUCUGAAGAUUCUCAAAAUAAAUUGUUCAGAUAAUGUUUUGCCACUGAGCGAUGUUGAGAGUGAUGGCAUGUACCAAUUACCAAUUGAUACCCUAGAGAUUUGGCCGUGUGGUGCUACUGGGAAGGAGUUGACACGGUUGCUCUCUCAUUUCAUGAAUCUCAGCAAGUUGGCAAUAUCCUAUUGUGAGAAGAUAGCAAUGCUUCGUGUGAUGGAGCAGCAGGAGACAACAAGAACCGCAUCAUCUUCUUCAGAUAAUAAAGCGGAGCAAACACACAUUGAACAGCAGCAGCAGCACAGACAAGAGGAGAGGAGGAAAUAGCAACAGCAGCAGGAGGAGAAGCACUUUUGCUCUUGCCUCCCCAGCUGCAGGAAUUGAAGAUUGACAAUUGCCCAGAGCUGACCCUACUCUCCAGUUUGCUCAACGAUGGCGGACGAGGAUGGCUCCAAGGCCUCCGCUCCCUCUGCUCAUUCCGGAUAGAUGGAUGCCCCAAGUUCCUAUCCUCCUAUUUGUCCUCCCCCUCCGCUUGUUUCCCUUUCCCAGCCACUCUACAAAUCCUCCAUCUUCAAGGAGUGCUGGGCAUGGAGACGCUAGAGUUCCUCUCAAACCUCACAUUUCUCAGGAAAUUAACCAUUAUCAGAUGUGGGAAUUUAAGAGGCGAGGGCAUAUGGCCUCUCCUUGCCCAUGGCUGCCUCAUGGAAUUAGACCUCCGUUAUGCCCCCAAAUUCUUCACCAGCUCUGUGUUAGGAAUAAGCAACUUGUAUUCCCAUGAGGCCAUAGGCCGAUAUAUAUACAUGUACAGGUGUGGUACAUAUGCAGGAAACCCCUUAUACUACGGGAUAAAUACGAAGGGGUAUACACGACUUAUACUAUAACUCUAACACCCCCCCUCAAACUCAUGGUGGAGGAACAACACUGAGUUUGGAGAGAUAAAAGCCAUGUUGUGCUCUAGUCUGGGCCUUCGUCAGGAAAUCCGCCAACUGUAACUCGGAAGGCACAUACUGAAGAGCAACGACCUGAUCCUGCACAGCAGCGCGCACAUAGAAAGCAUCAACACCAAUAUGCUUGGUGAGCUCAUGCUUCAC